AUGGCUUCACCAAAAUAUCUUACUGGCGAUCAAUCUGCCAUAGAUGAUUUUAUUGAUCAAUUCGAUGUCUUCUUAUUUGAUUGUGAUGGUGUUCUUUGGUCUGGAGAUCAUAUCUUUCCAGGGACAGUCGAGACCUUGGAAUUGUUGAGAUCAAAAGAGCUAAUCAUGUAUUACUCUAGGCAAAAGGUUGUCUUUGUAACAAAUAAUUCCACAAAAUCGAGAACCGAAUAUCAAAAGAAACUUACAGCUCUCGGCGUACCAAGCAAUGUUGAUGAAAUCUUUGGUUCAGCCUACUCUUCCGCAAUUUAUAUCUCUCGAAUUCUCAAGCUUCCAGCACCCAAGAAUAAAGUCUUUGUUUUAGGGGAAAGUGGUAUCGAAACAGAAUUGAAAACAGAAGGAGUAGAAUUUAUUGGAGGAACGGAUCCAGCUUAUCGUCGCGAUAUUACACCAGAAGAUUAUAAAGGAAUCGCAGAUGGUUCAUUACUCGAUGAUGAUGUUGGUGUAGUGCUGGCUGGCUUAGAUUUUCACAUCAAUUAUCUUAAGUUAUGUCAUGCUUACCAUUAUCUUCGUCGAGGUGCAGUAUUUUUGGCUACAAACACUGAUAAUACUUUACCAUCAAACCAUACAUUCUUCCCUGGAGCUGGAUCUAUUUCAAUUCCAUUAAUCAAUAUGAUAGGAAAAGAGCCAACGGCUUUAGGUAAACCAAAUCAAGCAAUGAUGGAUUCUAUUGAGGGAAAAUUUCAAUUCGAUCGUAAGAAGACAUGUAUGGUUGGAGAUCGAUUAAAUACAGAUAUUAAGUUUGGUAUUGAAGGGAAACUUGGUGGUACAUUGGCCGUCUUAACGGGAGUAUCUAAGAAAGAAGAUUGGGAGGCUGAAAAUGCUCCUGUAGUACCUGCGUACUAUGUUGAUAGACUGAGUGAUUUGAGGGGUUGA